AUGAGCAGCUCCAUCGCCAUCCCCAAGCGCAAGAGCAAGGCACUCGAGCGCGCGACCGAGUCGGGAUCCGUCGGCAGCAGCGCCUCCAGCCCUUCCUCGUACCAGCCAUCGUCGUACGGCAGCUUCGAGGCGCCGAGUCCACGGCAGGGAAGCAAGGCCAGAAGGCCGAGCCUGAUGUCGGCGACGUUCUCCAAGGCAGAGCAUACCGUGGUUAACGUUGGGGAUGCCGAGUAUCCGCGGUUGAUCACAUGCGUCAAGGCGAGCCAGGGCUUUGACUGGAAUCAGGAAAUGUUCCUGCCCAGCUAUGCCGACUUCCAAUUCGAUGACCUCGAGCGCCGACAGGACCCUGUGCAGGACAUCGUUGUUACCGAUGAGGAGGUGAAGAACAUGUUCCCGACGUCGUGA